GUGUGUGUGUUUACUGUCAGACAGCAGCUGAACUCUUCACAUUGACUGUGUGUGUGUGUGUGUGAUCAUGAAGCUGCUGCUGUUUAUUGUUCCGCUGCUCUUUCUGACCGUCUGCUGUUCUGCACAGAGACCACACCGAUGCCACAGUCCACCGCUGCUGUCCGGCAGUCUGAGUGUGAGUGCUCGGGAUGGCCAGGACUGGGCGGUUGCCAAAUAUCGCUAUGAUGCGUUCGGGCAGCGGAUCCGGCUGUGGGAGUUUGGUGAAGUGGACAGUAAAUCCUUCCACCUGAACAUGCUGUUCCUGUUUCGAGAGGGUGUUGUUUACAGCAUGGACUACAAGAACGAGACGUGUCAGAAGAAUGCCCUGCACAGCUCCUUCCACCCCUCGCGGAUCCCCCGUAAUGCAACACUCCUGGCGCAGCUGAUUCUGGGAGGCUCGUCGGCUCCAGGUGAAGGUCUGCUGGUCAACACCUGGACAGGAGAUGUACCUGAGACUCAAGGUAAAUAUGUGGCCACAGUGACCGAGUUCGGCUGUAUCCCGGUGUCCACACUCUACUACACAGAACAGAGCGGCUGGGUCACCACCACCUAUUUUAACGCAGUGACGGGGAUCCCGGACCCGGAGCAGUUCAUUCCUCCUCCAUUCUGCAAUGAUACAGAAACUGAAGAGGAAACGCUGGAUUUCUACAGUGCCUUUUUCUGAUCACUCUGUUUAACACAUUUAAUCUGAUUCACACAGCUCUCAACUAAUGAAGGUCUCUGUCAAACGCAGUCAUUUUAACCCUCGAGCUUCCCUAAAGACAUCUGUGGCCAUUCAGUCACUUUAUUUUGAUUGUUUUCGUAAUCUGAGCAGUUUAUUAUAUGAUAACACUUUACAAUAAGGUGGUAUUAGUGAACGCAUUUACUAACAUGAACAAACAAUGAGCAAUACAUGUAUGAAAGUGUUAGUUGAUGCUAGUAAAUGAAGAUGCAGCUGUUCAUGCUAACUCAUUAGCUAAUUUAUUAUUAAUUUCAUUAGUGAAUGUUGAACUAUAAAUGCUGUAUUGUUAUGAAACCUUAUUGUAAAGUGUGACCUAUAUAUUUAUAUUUACGAGUUUAUUAUUUGAGCAAACAAAAAUCAGGAGUCGUUUCUACAAAUCUAACUGUGAAGAGGACUAUCAUAACUCCAACAUCAUUUCUUUAAUAGGAAAUGAAUGGAGAACACUAAAACUGAAAGCAUUUAUUUAUAAAUCUGUACUUUUAGAGGCAAACAAAUCCUAAAAAAAGCAUCGUCAAAAUUCCAAAAUACAGAAAUUGAGAUUUUAUUUUGUCAAAGACAUUUAUAAGACCUUAUUUAGAAAAUAAAUACCUAAAAUACAUGGGUUUACAUCUGAGACAUUUGUGUCCAGAAGUGUCCAGAAGGGGGGCUUUAGUGUUAAAGAACUGUUUACAUUUGCUCUUUAUGAUUUAAUCUCCUAAUGACGAUAAUCAAAUGCACUUUAAAUCAUUAACCAAAGGCUAUUAUACUUUUAAAAAUGCUGAAUUGUCACGUUUUAUAGAUUUCUGGCAAUAAUAUAUAAAUGUUUUACUCCUGUUCAGCAUCUUUAGAGAGUAAAUGUGAGAUGAACGGUCCUCUAUUAUAGUGGUUGAUCUCUACAAUAGAGUUUCUAAUCAAUGAAGGGUUUAAACUGCUCUGAACCAAUGUUUUCUGCAAUCGCAGUGAUUUUAAAUAAUCCUUUAUGAUUGUUUCUAUGAUUUAAUCUCUUAAUCACAGAAAGAAAUGCACUAUAAAUCAUUUCAGAAAGGGAAUUAGACUUUUAAUAUUCUGCAUUUUCUUGUUCAUUUGUGUUUUAUAGAUUUCUGUCAAUAAAAAUAAUCAAAAAAAAAAA